AUGCACCAGCUGCUUGGGCUGGUUCUGGCACAAAAGGACCUCUCACGUGCAGGGGACCUUUUCUCCUUGGAGGAUGCUGAAAUUGAAGGAAGCCUCUCAGAAGCUCUUGAACAAAUAAGAACAAUUAGUUCAUCUGCAGACUACCAGACCAAUGACAAUGACCAGGCCGUGGUGGAGAUCUGCAUCACUCGCAUCACCACUGCCAUCAGGGAGACAGCAUCCAUAGAAAAGCACGGGAAAGCCCUGGUGGCUCUCUGGGAAUCGUGUCUAGAACACAACCUGAAGCCUUCUGGAAAAGAUGAGGACACACCUCAUGCGAAAAUUGCCUCUGAUAUCAUGAGCUGUAUCUUGCAGAACUACAAUCGACCUCCAGUAAUGGCCUUGGCUGUCCCAGUGGCAGUGAAAUUCCUUCAGAGGGGUAACAAGGAACUGUGCAGGAACAUGUCCAGUUACCUAUCCCUGGCUGCAAUCGCCAAGGUGGAUCUGCUGGCUGAUCACACAGACACCAUCAUCAGUAGUGUCCUUCAAGGGAACUGGCUGCUGCUGCGUGUCCUGCCCGCGCUGUACGAGCAGCAGCCUCAGCCCAUCAACCUCCGCCUGCGGGAGCUGCUGGCCCUGGCGGCCGGGCUGGAGCAAGCCGAGCAGCACCACCUCCUCCGGCUCUGCCAGACCGUGGCUAGGAAAAAAGAACUGGGGGUGCUAAAAGAAUGUAUUCCUUUUCUCCUUGGCCACCUGAGAGACCCCAACCACAGUGACAUUAUUCUGAACACACUUCUAGAAAUAGCCAGCUAUGAACCAACAGCCUUAGCCACUUCUCUUCCCAUGCUGAAAGAAAUUGGUGAGAGUUUUCCAGGUUUGAUUGGGCAAACAGCAAAGAUCUUUGGAGCUGUUGGACACAUUGAUGAGGAGCGAGCCAGAACGUGCCUGCUGUAUUUGGUGAAUCAGCUGGCCAACAUGGAGCACUCAUUUCACCACAUUCUUUUGCUGGAAAUUAAGAGCCUGACUGACACCUUCUCAAGCAUCCUGGGCACCCAGAGCAGGGAUAUCUACCGCAUGAGCAACAGCUUCACUGCCAUAGCCAAGCUCCUUGUCCGACAGCUGGAGAGCCACCCCACGUCAGGAGCCAGGAUGGAAAAUGAUAUGGAAACAGAAUCCCCUGCACCACUGGAUGAUUUAAAAUCUGUUAUGAAUGGAAAUGAAGAAGAUGAAAAGCUUCAAGUUAAAAUACAGGCUUUUGAAGAGAAAAUAAAUGUUGACAACAGCACCCCUGGCUCAGUGCGCAGAUACAGUUUAGGCCAGGUUUCUAGAGAAGAAAGGAAGGACAUGAGGUUUAACAGGUCCAAAAGCCUGGCUUUGCAUGCAGUUCGUGUGAAGGGGGCAAGCGCAGAGAGUGGCCAGGAGGAGGAGAACGGGGAGCUGUCUGCUGGCAUCUCCUUCACCGAGAUCUACCUUAGCCCGCAGCAGGACCAGCUGCCUCUCAGCCUGGGUGCUGAGGGGACACAGCUGGGAGAGGCUUCGGGCUCACACCAAAGUUCUGACCACACAGAAUCAGCAGGUUUGCUCGAAUCUACAAAAGAAAAGGCCCUGGAAGGAAGCGCAGAGGCAGGGACCAGCCCCGUGGAAUACCAGGACAAGCUCUACUUGCACUUGAAGGAAAACCUGGGCAAAGUGAAAGCGUAUGUCAUGGAGCUGGGGAGGAAGAUUCCUGUCCCUGACCAGUGCGUUAUUGAAGACAGCGUUAGAAGCUGCGUAGCAAAGCUGUUCUUCAGCUGUCCCCUGAAGGGCCAUUACUGCCUCUACAGCAAAUCCAGUUUUACCCUGGUCAGCCAGCAGCCUCCACUCUGGAUCCACAUCAUGUUCCUCUUCCAGCAGAGCUUGUUUGCAGAACCUUUGUCCAUAGAGAGUAGCUCUGUGCAAGUCCUUAAGGCCCUGUGGGAGAAGACACAGCUCAAGGGGACACACAGUUUUGAAACUGCCAUGAUCCAGUCUACAUUUCCCCACCAAAAGGACCUGGAGCACGUGCAGAUGCACCUGGAAGAAGUGAGGUUCUUUGAUUUAUUCGGCUACAGCGAGGAGGCAGGAGCUUGGCAGUGCUUCAUGUGCAACAACCCCGAGAGGGCAACAGUUGUCAAUCAGGAUGGCCAGCCUCUGAUUGAAGGCAAGCUAAAGGAGAAGCAAGUGAGGUGGAAGUUUAUCAAGAGGUGGAAAACUCGGUACUUCACUCUGGCUGGCAACCAGCUGCUCUUCCGGAAAGGAAAAUCCAAGGAUGACCCCGACGACUGCCCGAUUGAGCUCAGCAAGGUGCAGAGUGUGAAGGUGGUGGCCAAGAAGCGCAGGGACCGCAGCCUGCCCCGGGCCUUCGAGAUCUUCACCGACAGCAAGACCUACGUGUUCAAGGCCAAAGAUGAGAAGAAUGCUGAGGAGUGGCUCCAGUGCAUCAACGUCGCCGUGGCGCAGGCGAGGGAGCGGGAGAGCCGAGAGGCCACCACCUACCUCUAG